CCGCGAAGCAGCACACCGCGGUACUUGCGUGGUGUGAACCAGUGUGCAUGCUAAAACAACAUCUAACUUAGCCAACUUCCAUGUAAAAUCUUUUUAACUUCUUUCGGUAACACUGGUUGUACUCAGGAAUCUCUGUCACCAUGAGUAUACUUGCCAAAAUAGCAGAGAUCGAAAAUGAGAUGGCCAGGACGCAGAGGAACAAGGCCACAGCUCACCACUUGGGUCUGCUCAAAGCUCGUCUUGCCAAACUGAGGAGGGAGCUCAUCACACCAAAGGGAGGCAGUGGGGGUGCAACAGGAGAAGGUUUUGAUGUUGCAAAAACCGGUGAUGCUCGAAUCGGCUUCGUUGGUUUUCCCUCAGUCGGCAAGUCAACACUGCUAAGUAACCUCGCAGGUGUGUACUCUGAGGUUGCUGCCUACGAGUUCACCACUCUUACAACAGUACCCGGAGUCAUUCGCUACAAAGGAGCCAAAAUUCAGCUCCUGGAUCUCCCAGGAAUCAUUGAGGGGGCCAAAGAUGGCAAGGGAAGAGGCAGACAGGUCAUUGCAGUGGCUCGAACUUGCAACCUAAUCCUGAUAGUGCUCGAUGUGUUGAAGCCUCUUGGUCAUAAGAAGCUAAUAGAACAUGAGCUGGAAGGCUUUGGCAUCCGACUGAACAAGCAACCACCCAACAUCGGCUUCAAGAAGAAGGAUAAAGGAGGCAUCAACUUCACAGCUACAUGUGCACAAAGCGAGCUGGAUGCUGAUACCGUCAAGAGCAUCCUGGCGGAGUACAAGAUCCACAAUGCCGACAUCACUCUGCGCAGUGACUCCACAGCUGAUGACCUCAUUGACGUCGUGGAGGGAAAUCGGGUCUACAUCCCGUGCAUUUAUGUGCUCAACAAAAUCGAUCAGAUCUCCAUCGAGGAGCUCGACAUCAUCUACAAGGUGCCCCACUGUGUACCCAUCUCGGCCCACCACCGCUGGAACUUUGAUGACCUGCUAGAGAGGAUGUGGGACUACCUCAGGCUUGUGCGCAUCUACACUAAACCCAAAGGCCAGCUUCCCGAUUACACGUCUCCUGUUGUGCUGCCUGACGGACGAACCUCUGUCGAGGAUUUCUGCUUAAAGAUUCACAAAAACCUCAUCAAAGAACUUAAGUACGCACUCGUGUGGGGAUCAUCAGUGAAACACAACCCUCAAAAGGUGGGCAAGGACCACGUGCUGGAGGAUGAAGACGUUAUCCAGCUGGUGAAAAAGUAAAAAGGAGUCGUCAUCCACUGCAUGGCUCGUGUAUCACAACGUGUUCUGUACAGUUGCUCAUUAAAACAUUAAAUAUUUCCAUUGGAGCAUCUGUGUCACGCAGCGCCCGUUUUUUUGGCUAUAAUUUAAAACGAAAUGACAUGAAUGUAAGUGUCACGUUUCAAAGAACACACAGUACUUAACACCAUGAAUAGUUCAUAUUGAAUAUCGGUUAAGGCUUGAUUAAAAUCUAAAAAUCUGUUCAAUAAAAACAUUAAGGAAU